GGAAAAUUAAAUGACAACUACAGAAGAAAAACAUUCAAUAGCUUCUUUGAAUACAAACCAAAACAUUUUUGGUUCAAAUUCUUCAUUAUGUAGUAAAACCACAUUAUUUGUUCGUAGGAUACCAUAUGAUGCUAUAAACAGUGAAUUUGAAGAAUUCUUUUCAAGUAUGGGGCCUCUUAGAUCCUGCUUCCUCGUUAAAGAUAAGGAAGAAACUAACAAUGCUUUAAUAAGCAAUUCUAUUAGCGACGAUUCGAUUUUUCCUUCCAUUAGUAGUGAAAAAAUAACUUUCACUAAAGGAAUGAUUCCAGUGGUUAAGAAUACAGAAAAAAAUAAAGGUUUUGGUUUUGUUCAAUUUGUUUUGGCUCAAGAUGCCGAAAAAGCUUUAAAAGAAUUAAAAAAAGUUAAGUUUAGAGGUAAAGGUACUUUGAAAAUGGAAUAUGCUACUAAAAAACAUGAAAAACCUCCUGAAGCUAUUCAAAAAAUUAUUAAAAGAAAAUCUUCUCCACAAGAUGAUAAUAAUAAAAGAAAAUUAAUAAAAAUGGAAUUCAUUGAAAAAGAUAGUGAUAGAACCAUUGUAUUACAGGAUUUACCUAAAAAUUUGACUAGGAAAAAAAUUUAUAAAAAAAUUAGGAAAUUUGGUUACGUUCAAGAUAUGAAAUUUCCUAACGGUGAAAAUUCUACUGAUAUUGUACACGUUAUUUUUAAAUCAGUCAAAGAUGCUAAUGAUGCAUUAUUGCAUUUGGAUGGUCACACUUUCCAUGGAUUAACGAUGAGCGCAAAAUUAUUGUCAAAGGCAAAUGACAAAAAAGGUCGCUUGAUAGUUCGCAACAUUCCAUGGCAGUAUCGCGAACAAGAACUUUUAAAAAUUUUUUCCAGAUAUGGUGAAGUAAUAGAAGUAAAUUUGCCACGUAAAUUCAUAGGGGGUCCUUUACGUGGAUUUGCGUAUAUACAAUAUACUAAUCCCAAAUAUGCAGAGAAGGCGAUUGGUGAACUGAAUGAAACGAAACAUCAUGGACGUACUAUAGCUGUGGAUUGGGCAUUACCAAAAGACAAGUAUUUGGAAGCUAUUGGAUCACGGCAAAUAGGGAAACUUGAUGAAGAGAGAAUGCAAAAUAAUGAUUCUGAAGAAAAGGGAAUGGGUAAUGAUCAGGAAGAAGACAACGAUGUUGAAGAUGAAAUGGAGCAGGAUGAGGAUGAACAAGAGGAAGAUAAUAUUAUAAAUGAAGGCGAUGAUGAGUUGCAGUAUGAGAAACAAGAGGUAGAUGAUGAUAUGAACUACACAAAUGUGUCAGAUAAUGUUAGCUCUGUUACUGAAAAUAAAAUUCCUGGUGAAGUUAAUGAUAAGGAAAAAUCAAGCGAGGACGAGAGCGAUGUUAUAGAAACCCAUAACGAAGUACCAAAGAUGAUGUAUCCGCUUUCUAAAGGAACUGUAUUAUUCAUUCGGAAUCUAUCUUUCGAUGCCACAGAUGAAGAACUCUCUAAUAUAUUUAGACCAUUUGGACCAUUACGUUAUUGUGUAAUAACGAUAGAUCAUCAAACAGGACGUUCACGUGGCACAGGAUUUGUUUGUUUCAAACAAAAAGAACACGCGGAAGCAUGUUUAGACGAAGCAAGAAAAUCAAAUCAAGAAAUGUUUAGUGAAUGGGAAGUGAAUAAUAAGAAAAAGAAACGAAAAGAAAUAAUAUUUAAAUCGAUUCUUACAGCAGAUCCAUCAGAUUCAUUAGCUAACAAAUUUACAUUACACGGAAGAGUAUUAUCAAUAGUUAAGGCUGUUGAUAGAAACGAAGCGGAUAAAUUAACGAAAAUGAAUCAACAAAGAAAGCGCAAAGAAGACAAAAGAAAUGUUUAUUUGAUGCAAGAAGGAGUGAUCUUUCCAAAUACAAAAGCAGCUAAAUUAUUAACUCCAUCAGAAGUUAACAAAUUUGUUGCAUCAUAUUCUAUGAGAAAGAAUUUAUUAGCAAAAAAUCCGAAUCUUUAUAUUUCAAAAACUAGAUUAUCGAUAAGAAAUUUACCACUAACAAUAGAUGAAAAUAAAUUAAGAAUUUUAGGAAAAGAAAGCAUUAAAAAGUUUAAAGAGGAGGUUGAAAGUAAAGAAAGGAAGGAUUUGACUGAAAAUGAGAAAAUAGGAUGGAAUAAAAAAGUAGUUAUUAAGCAGGCUAAAAUAGUUAGAGCCAAGGAUAGAAUAGAUACAGUAACGCAGAAACCACGCAGUAAAGGAUAUGGAUUUUUGGAAUUCGCGCAGCAUGCACAUGCAUUAGCAGCGUUAAGAUAUCUUAAUAAUAAUCCAGAAUUAUUCGGGGAGAAGAAAAGAUUAAUUGUAGAAUUUGCAGUAGAAAAUUUUAUUAUUGUCAAAAAGAGAUUAGCAAGAUUAGGCAAUAAUAAAAAAUGACGUUAAAUAAGACAAUACUAAGAAGAGAAAGACAUGAUAAUAAAUUUAGUAAAAUUCUGUAUUUUCAUGAAUCAGUGAAUAUUAUACAAUAUGGCGACAUGUAUCUUCUCUAUUGAUUAAUAAUAAUCUCAUAAUAAUACUAAUACAUUAGAAAAUCAAUGGUAAUAGAGG